GCGCCCAUUGGCCGUCGGGCGCGGGGGUGGGCGGGGCCGUGGGAGCGCAGGCCGGCCCGGCGGCGGAGCGGCCGGGGAGCGCUCGCCGGAGGCGGCCGGAGCGGUUCCGCGGAGAGCGAGCUGGAGAUGGUGGACCAUCUUGCAAACACUGAGAUCAACAGCCAGCGCAUUGCUGCUGUGGAAAACUGCUUUGGGGCUUCCGGGCAGCCCUUAGCUGUGCCAGGACGGGUCCUUCUAGGAGAAGGGAUUUUAACCAAAGAAUGCCGCAAGAAACCAAAGCCUCGCAUUUUCUUCCUUUUCAACGACAUCCUCGUUUAUGGCAGCAUAGUCAUCAGCAAAAGGAAGUACAAUUCCCAGCACAUCAUUCCCCUUGAAGAUGUCACUUUGGAGACGCUGCCAGACACCUUGCAGAUGAAGAACCGCUGGAUGAUUAAAACCUCCAAGAAGUCCUUUGUGGUUUCCGCGGCCUCCCUCACGGAGAGGAAGGAGUGGAUCAGCCAUCUGGAGGAGUGCAUCAGGCACCUGCUGACAAAGACGGGCCGGCAGCCCUCCACGGAGCACGCGGCCCCCUGGAUCCCCGACAAGGCGACGGACAUCUGCAUGCGCUGCACGCAGACCAAGUUCUCCACGCUCACCCGCAGGCACCACUGCCGCAAGUGCGGCUUUGUCGUCUGCGCAGACUGCUCCAGGCAGAGGUUCCUGAUGCCCCGGCUGUCCCCCAAGCCCCUGAGGGUCUGCAACCUGUGCUACAGGCAGCUGCUGGCGGAAAAAAAGAAGGAGGCGGAGGCAGAUCGCAGGCAGCCGGAGCCGAUCGGCUCUGCCAUCCCAGCCUACGAACCCUCCAGUGGUGAUGACAGCGACAAGUCUGAUGACGACAAAGCUGAGCAGUGGCCAGCAGACACAGAGUUUUAUACCUCAGAAGUAUCCUGGUCAUCUUUCCAUAGCUGACCUUCUUGGGAGCUGGUGGCAUUUAGACAUCAGGAAGCCAACUUCUGGCCUCCAAUGUGUGUCCUUCUUGAUGUUUUCUCUGGAGGCUGUGCCUGGGAAGGUGGAUCUUGGCCCCUGUGCGUGGUGUCUGUGUGGGGAGCAGAGAUGGGGUUACCCCUCUUAGAGCGUGUCUCAUACGACACAAGCACAGAGAACAACAGCUCGGUGAAGAGCAGGGACUGCAGCAGAGACCUGGGAAUCAGCCUUGGCCAAAUGAACUCACCAUUCAGUGCCUUAGUCUUCCCGUCUGCAAAAACAGAACAAUGCUAACUUCUUUUCUCAAAUUAUCUUUGAGAUUGGCUCUUGGGAGAAAAAGGAGCAAGAAAUCCUGGACUUAAACACACUUACCUGCUAGUGGUGUGUUCCUCGGUCGCAGUGAGGGGCACACUGGAUGGCAUUUUCCAUGAGCAGUGCAUCUACAUCAGAAAUUCUCAUUGCAAGCCUGCCAGCCUGAGGGGUAGCCUCUCAUCCCCACCUGGUAAGGUCUGCACAGGCUUCCAUGUCUGCACCCGCGUCUCUCGGCUUCCUAAGCACUAAGGAAAUGGUGCUUCGAUUGCAGGGACCUCAUAUGAGAUUUGGUGUGAGCAGCCUCAGCAAAGUGCUGAGCAUCCAGCUCUCUUGCAUGGAAGGAAGCCAUGUUGGUGGUACUGGGUCAGGAGGGAGGAAGGAGAGGGGAAAGGGACAGGUACAAUUAGACAGAGGAGUGAAAUAAGGAGGGAGAGGCUUAACCACAGUUGACUCAACUAACUGCAGAGCCCCAGAUCUCAAAACCAGGCAGUUCUGACAGACUACCAGCAGUGUGAUGAACUCAAGCCUAUCAGGUAAAAGGAUAGCCCAGGGAGGACUUGUUAAAAGUGUUUAAAAAUCUAGGAAAAUGCCCCAGAUUGAGAUCCUAUGAAGCACAGCACUUCCACUUCCCUCCCGAGCAGGAGCCCAAGACAUUGAAUGUUCAUUUGUGGGCUCACCUCACAUCUAUCAGUCUCAUGAGUCCAAAGUUAAGGUCAUUUAUAUAUUUCCAGGAUUGGAGCCUGAGACUUUACAGUUAACUCAAGAUCAACUUUAAAGUUCAAAUUAAGUUAGAAAUAAACUGCAUCUAUUCAAGUAUUCUGUCAUAAUAUAGUGUGGGAGUAAAUACAUCAAGAAUCAGACAACAGCAAUUGUUUUGCAGCAGACACUUCUACAAACUCCGUUAUUACUUUUAGUAUAUUUUUGUAUUAUGUAUUUUAUGCUCUGGAAAAGGAACAUGGCUAAGAGUACGCUGCCAAUUGUACAGGCUGCUUCCUUACCAUGACCUGUUCCAAACAGUGAAUUGCCUGCCAGACUUAGGGGUUUUUAAAUUUCAAUUCAAAGUAAUCGUUCUUACUGCCUUUUGUAAACUGCCACUGUUCCGAUGAAUUUGUAUCACUUGACUGUGUGUGAAUAAAGAUACAGCCAACAGGAAGAAGCCAAGAAAA